AUGAAAAGUUUAGCUUAGAAUGUGUAAUUACAGAAAGUUAUCAAAACUGUAAAUGGCCUAAGAUCCACUGUAGAUUAGAGGGUACAAAUUUCUAUUGGAGUUGGUCUUGCGUUUGCGCUGAUUGGAUAUAAAAUCUUCAGAAGUAAGGGUAAUGAUCAAUAAUCAACGCAAUAAACACCAGAAGCUGUUGAAUAGGAGAAAUAAUCGUAAAAUUCAAUUAACUCUGAAGAGAAUGAUAUUAUAGAAAUUGAAGAAAACAAGUAAUUAGAAAAACAACAAUAAUAAUAAAAGUAAAGUGAACCAAAAUAAAAAAAAAAGCAACUUAUAUAAAAAAUUAAUAAAAAGACUAAAAAAUAAUUUUAAACAGAUAAUGAAAUGCCUGCUCCUAAAUUAGUGAUAGAAAAACAAAAUUCAUUUAAAUAGGAGAAAAAUGCAGAUGAUAAAUUAUUUUUUCAAAUAUACUAAAAAAUGAACUAGGAAGCUUCAAAUGAAGAUUCAUGA